AUGCGGAAGAAAAUUUUGGAUUUUUUGCUGGGAAGGAGCGACGAGGCAGAAAUAAGGGAAGAGGAGAAUUUUGAAAUUAGUGUGAGUUUUUUGUUUUUGAAAAUUUAGGCUGCGACAAUUCUAUGCCACAACCUGGUUGUUUGGCAAGGAGACGCGCCUUGAGAGACCCUAAACCAAGUAGCCGAGCCUAGAAAUUAUUUUCUAGGAUCGGCUCCUUACCAGCGUGUAUCUCUAGAUGCGGGUCCUAGACAAUUAGGUCCUCUAGACGCACCUACUUGAAAACUACGUCAUCAAAAUCCAUUUUUUCAGGAAGAAUUCAAAACGCAUAUUUACAACGAGCGUCCUUUCAAAUUCGUCGCCGUGUUCUCAUUUUUCAUCCUAGUUUUCGGAAUUGGUCUACCACUUUGGACAUAUACAACUUCAACAUAUCGUGCUAAUUUUAAAAUUCCUCCUGCUAAUCGAACUUUUUCCAUACCAAUUCAUGUUCGAUUUUUGAUUUCGGAAAAUCAGAAAUCUUUACAAAAUGAGCUGAAAUCGACGAUUUUGGAAAUAGAAACGAGUUUGGCUUUGAAAGAAUCAACAGAUCCUAUGAAUUUUGAAUUUUCCACUGAAGUUUUGAUUGUGAAAGCGGAAAAUGAAGAAGAUUUUGAGGUAAGUGUCGAAGAUUCGAUCUCAAAUCAUGGAAUAUGAUAUUUUUGCAGAAAUUUGACGAUGGUUUGAAUAUUGCUAUAAUUCCUGCUGAAAAUUGGAAAGAUUUUAGUGCCACAAAAAUCAAACUAGGCAAAAAAUACACCCAUUUUGCACAAUUUGACGGAGAUUUAUCGAAAUUCUCAUCACGAAUAAUUGAAUUGAUUUGGGAUGUUUUAAUUGAUAUUCCACAUUUGAACUCAAUUAUCAAACGAGAUCUUCGACAAAAAAUGAAACCGUGGCAAAUCGCUGCACUUCCGCUAAGUCAUCAAAAACGAUUAGUUUGGGAUUCGACGCCGAUUCAAAUGGAAUAUCAUGUACAAAUUAUACAUUUGUAUGAUAAUUUUGGAACUUCUCAAAAUAAAAAUACAAAGGAAAAUAAGUUUGAAACUGCAAAAACAUUGAGACAAUUUGCAAAACACGCUGAAAGAAUCACAAAUAUCGAAGUGACUUCGGAGAAUUUAUGGGAUUUUGAGAUAACUAAAGAGUUUUUGAUGCGAGAUGUUCAAGAAAGAUGGGUUUUGACGCAUGAAAAAAUGGAGGAAUUAAUUCGAAAAAUUGAUGCGCAGACACAAACUACGUUGAAAAAUGGAAUGGUUUUGAGAUUUGUGAUUUUGGAAAGUGAUAUUGUUAUACUUGAUUCACAAGGAGAAGAUGUUGAAGGAAUUGCGGUUGCUGCAUGGGGAGCUGUAUUAACAAGAAAUGAAAAGACUGAGAAGAAAGCGAUUGCUGCAUUAAGGUGAGCAGAUUUGAAAGGGAGGAGACGGGGAAUCGUGAAACAUGCAUCUCCACGGGCGAAAAAACAAAACAAAAAAAGCACACUUUUCUCACUGCGGACUUGGCAGAAAAAAAGGGGCGUGUCAUGUACCUUUUAGCUACGUGUAAUUACGUGAUUGGCUGGGAUGGGUGAAAUCGGUCUUUUUUUUCGAAAUGAGUGACACGUUUCACUGACGUGUCAACGGUCCGCAAUCACAAAAUGUGUUUCUUUUUUUCGCCCGUGCAUCUCGGCCAGAUUUGUGGCUCUCAAAAUUGUGCGCUAAAUUUUUUUUCAAAAUUCUUUUAAAAUUUUUUGGACAGUCGUAGUCCAAAUAUGUUUUUACGACUUGAAAUCAAUUCUUAAAUUGUUGUUUCCAGAAUCCACCUUGGCCUCGAUGCCGAAUUAUCAUCCUCCUGGUCUCGUCCACCAAUUCCACUUUGUAAAUGGGAAAUCGAAAGAGCUCGCCUUCGAGUUUCAAUCGAUAAUGCAAUGAGAACAUCAAGUUCAAUUCGAGCAUUAUAUGAAAUGACACAAAAAAUCACAAAUAUUGUUAUAAAUGAAGAAGUUGCUAGAAAAGCAACAAAAGCUGUUGAAUUAUUGGAAAAUGGAUUGAAAAAUGGAACUAUUGAUUAUGAUAAGGUAACGAAUUUGGGGUUUUUGUCCUGUUAAUGCUGAAAUUUGAUUUCAAUGAUCAAAGGAAAAUAAUUUCCCAAUAAAAUAUUAUCGUAUUUUUAUCGGAAAAACUAUAAAGAUAAAACUACAGACUGCACGAUGGGCAAAAAAAUUUGAAUUUGGACAUUUUGGCGCCAGGAAAAAUCACAUGUAGACUACACGUGAUUUUUUACACCAAAGUGGAAAAUAUCAAAAAAAAAAUCUGAAACAUCGAUUUUUGAAAUACAAAAUUUUUUUUCAUUUUUUUUACAAAAAAAUUUUUUUCCAUUGAUUUUCAUAGGAUUUUCAUAGGAUUUUGAUAAUAAAGAUAAUAAGAACGAUUUGUCUAGAGGUCAUUCCUCAAUUUCCAGCUCCUUCUGGCUCGUAAAUUAUCCGAUGAUGCAAAUUCGAAUCAUUCAUUGUUAGCUCUUUUAUAUUUUCCAAUGGAUCAACGAACUGCUGUUUUAAUUCCAAUUGCAAUUCCAAUCCUCUUUCCAAUUGCAAAGAUUGUACUUGUCAUUUUCAAAAAAUGUAUUCUACGUGAUUUUGUUUGA